GAGCCGGAGUCCCGCAGCCUCUCCCUGGGGGGCCAUGUGGGCUUCGACAGCCUCCCUGACCAGCUGGUCAGCAAGUCAGUCACUCAGGGCUUCAGCUUCAACAUCCUCUGUGUGGGGGAGACUGGCAUUGGCAAGUCCACAUUGAUGAACACACUCUUCAACACAACCUUUGAGACAGAGGAAGCCAGUCACCAUGAAGAGUGUGUGCGUUUGCGGCCCCAGACCUACGACCUCCAGGAAAGCAACGUGCAGCUCAAGCUGACCAUUGUGGAUACUGUGGGCUUCGGGGAUCAGAUCAAUAAGGAUGAGAGGCCCAUCGUUGACUACAUCGAUGCACAAUUUGAAAACUAUCUACAAGAGGAGCUGAAGAUCCGCCGCUCCCUCUUUGACUACCAUGACACCAGGGUCCACGUUUGCCUCUACUUCAUCACGCCCACAGGGCACUCCCUCAAGUCCCUGGACCUGGUGACCAUGAAGAAACUGGACAGCAAGGUGAACAUUAUUCCCAUCAUUGCCAAGGCUGACACCAUCUCCAAGAGUGAGCUCCACAAAUUCAAGAUCAAGAUCAUGGGCGAGCUAGUCAGCAAUGGAGUCCAGAUCUACCAAUUUCCCACUGAUGAUGAGGCUGUUGCGGAGAUAAAUGCAGUCAUGAAUGCACACCUGCCCUUUGCUGUAGUGGGCAGCACUGAGGAGGUGAAGGUGGGGAACAAGCUGGUCCGAGCACGUCAGUACCCUUGGGGAGUGGUCCAGGUGGAGAAUGAGAAUCACUGCGAUUUUGUGAAGCUGCGGGAGAUGCUGAUCCGGGUGAACAUGGAAGACCUCCGUGAGCAGACCCACAGUCGGCAUUAUGAGCUCUAUCGGCGCUGCAAAUUGGAGGAGAUGGGCUUCCAAGACAGUGAUGGUGACAGUCAGCCUUUCAGCCUACAGGAGACAUAUGAGGCCAAGAGGAAAGAGUUCCAGAAUGAGCUGCAGAGGAAGGAGGAAGAGAUGAGGCAGAUGUUCGUCAACAAAGUGAAGGAGACAGAGCUGGAGUUGAAGGAGAAGGAAAGGGAGCUCCACGAGAAGUUUGAGCACCUGAAGCGGGUCCACCAGGAGGAGAAGCGCAAGGUGGAGGAGAAGCGGCGGGAGCUGGAGGACGAGACCAACGCCUUCAACCGCAGGAAGGCUGCUGUGGAGGCCCUGCAAUUACAGGCCUUUCAUGCCACCUCACAGCAGCCUCUGAGGAAGGACAAAGACAAGAAGAAUUAACGCACGCACAGACUUACAUGUCAAGAGCGGACUUUAGACUUUCAUGUGUUAAGUUGCUUGAGUUACACCUUGUGACCCUUCACCCAUAACAUGGUGUGAGGAUGGACUGGGAGCUGGUACAGACUCCAGUGUUUACAGCCUUGUUUUACCCCACCCCCGCCCCGGCCCCAGGCUGCCCUUGGGCCUGGCAGGCCACCCCUCUCUAUGCAAACACGUAAAAGCCAUGAAUGCUGGAAUCAAAAACUGACGAGGUUUAUUUUUUUCAGAGCCAGUGGCUGGUCUUCCAUUUACAGUGUCACUAUUCCUUGACGGAGCAGUCAUGUGCCUCUCUAGCGAAGGCCCCGGCCGGCGAUGCCAGGCCUAAUUGUUCAGCGUCAAGAUGACAACUUAUGAGGUGCCCUAUGUGCAGCCGGUGGUCUGGUAUACUCGCUGCAAAAUUCACCCAAUUGCCCUUUGUUUUAAUUUUUCUAACCUAGAGCUUAAUUUCAAUAACUUUUUAAACACUCCUAAAUUUAUAUUUUGGCACCAGCAUAAAGACAAGUAAUACCCUCUCCCAUUAUUUUCAUAAGUAACAGUUUCCCUGAUUUUUAAAAACUAAACAUUUCCCUAAACCUUUCUUAUGUACAAAGUACCCCUAUCUAGGGAGAGGUGGGUAAUAAACUUCCUGUAAUGACA